AAUUGUCAAAGCGAUGAUCGAAUCUUCUUACUGUGUACGCUGAAAAAUUUACGUCUUUUUAUAAAAAAAAUUUAGAGAUUAGUCUCAGAACUAAAUAAAAUCUAUAUAGUUAAAGAAAAGAGUCAAGUACUUCAUCGAUUCAGUCAGUUAUAGCCCGUUGAUUUAUUCUUCGUUUUGAUUCAUGGCUUCGAGUACUACAUUGCAAAAAGCAAUAGAUUUGGUUACAAAAGCUACUGAAGAGGAUAGAAAUAAAAAUUAUGCCGAAGCUUUACGCUUAUAUGAACACGGCGUUGAGCAUUUUUUGCACGCCAUUAAAUAUGAAGCUCAGGGUGAAAAAGCUAAAGAUUCAAUUCGAGCUAAAUGCCUGCAGUAUUUAGAUCGAGCUGAGAAAUUAAAGGAGUAUCUAAAGAAAGGCCGUAAAAAACCAAUUAAGGAAGGCGAAUCCGGAAAUAAAGAUGAUAAAGACAAGAAAAGUGACAGUGAUUCUGACGGAGAAGAUCCGGAAAAAAAGAAACUGCAGAAUAAACUUGAGGGUGCGAUAGUAAUCGAAAAGCCCAAAGUGAAGUGGUCAGAUGUGGCUGGUUUGGAUGCCGCCAAAGAAGCUCUCAAAGAGGCUGUUAUCUUACCAAUAAAGUUUCCGCAUCUUUUUACCGGCAAGCGCAUACCAUGGAAAGGUAUACUAUUGUUUGGUCCUCCCGGUACCGGUAAAUCGUAUCUGGCCAAAGCCGUAGCCACCGAAGCAAACAAUUCCACAUUCUUUUCUGUAUCUAGUUCGGAUUUAAUGUCCAAAUGGUUGGGUGAAUCUGAAAAACUUGUCAAGAAUCUCUUUGAAUUGGCCCGUCAACACAAACCUUCAAUAAUAUUUAUCGAUGAAAUAGAUUCAAUGUGUUCGACUCGUUCCGAUAAUGAAAACGACAGCGUUCGACGUAUUAAAACCGAAUUUCUUGUACAAAUGCAAGGUGUUGGUAAUGAUACUGAUGGCAUUUUAGUUCUAGGAGCUACGAAUAUACCAUGGGUUCUAGACUCAGCUAUCCGUCGUCGUUUCGAGAAGCGUAUUUAUAUACCUUUGCCAGAGCCACACGCUCGCCUGGUUAUGUUUAAAAUACAUUUAGGUAACACUACACAUACACUCACCGAGCAAGAUUUAAAAGUGUUGGCUGGCAAAACAGAUGGUUAUUCGGGGGCUGAUAUAUCAAUUGUUGUACGUGACGCUCUAAUGGAGCCAGUACGUAAAGUGCAGACGGCUACACACUUCAAGCGUGUUACCGGUCCAUCACCUACCGACAAAGAAACGAUAUGUGACGAUUUAUUAUUACCUUGUUCGCCUGGUGAUGAGGGAGCCAUUGAAAUGUCCUGGAUGGAUGUGCCUAGCGAUAAAUUAUACGAGCCACCCGUAACGAUGCGUGAUAUGCUAAAAUCUCUCUCACGCACUAAGCCUACAGUUAACGAGGAAGAUUUAAUUAAAUUACGUAAAUUUACGGAAGAUUUUGGGCAGGAAGGUUGAAUUAUUAUAAGCAACCACGAAAAAUAUUAAUGUUAAAUGUUAUAAAUUAAGUCAACAUACUUCUUUUUGAUUGUUUUCGUCAUUGAUUUUUUCUAUUACUAUUUCAUCUAAAGAAAGAUUUCACAACAUACAGUGGAAGAAUAUGUGUUUCUGGCAAGGAAAUGCAGUCUCAUAUUUUUAUACCUGUUACGAUAUAUAUGUCUAGAUACAAGAUAAAUACAUAAAUAUAUUUGAAUACAAGUUACAAUGCUAAAAAAGUAAAGCUUGAAACACUGAA